ACUUCACGCACAAAGUUUUCCUUUCUGUAUUAUUAUUGAAAAUCUCAAUUUGCAUUGACUGCUGGCAGGGAAGUCUUACUUACAUUUGGAAAAGAAAUUUCAUGAAACAUACGAACAAAUUUUAGAGCUUAUGAAACGAAACUUCAUGUUAUCAAAAAUUGCCGCUCGUCAAUAUAUUCGGGGCCGAAACUAGUGAGUAGAGCAGGCUGACAAUGGGCAAAAAACAAAAGAUGAAAAAGGCAGCCGCAGCUGCCGCAGCCGCCGCAGCCAAAGCCGCUGCUGGCGAUGCGGCCAAGAGAGAGCACAAGAACCACGGCUGUUGCAGCGGCAGCGGCAGCGGCGGCGCCGGCUGCUGCGUCAAAGACAAGUGCACUGACAGCUCCAAUCUGAAGCCACAUCUGAGUUCCGUCAAUAUGCAGAAUCUGAUGACUCUGGCCGAGAAUCUGCAGGCAUCGCCAAGUGGCAAGUGCAAGAGCCAAGAAUCGUCUGGCUCCGGCUCCUCGGCCUCGGACAGCUCUGACAGUGACGAUGCGCCCGAUUCGCUGCCAGGAGAAGCCGGCGGCGCAGCAGGCGGAAGAGAACUACAGCAACAGAAACAGUCGCCGGAUGGGCCGCCAGAGAUAUGUGCGAUACCAAAAUAUUCGCGAGGCGAGAAGAAGGCGCGUCGCUUGCUCAUGAAACUGGACCUGGUGCCGGUGCCAAAUGUCUCGCGCGUCACCAUGCGCAAGGCCAAGAAUGUGCUGCUGUGCAUCGAUCAGCCGGAGGUCUUCAAGUGUCCCAAUAGCAAGACUCUCAUCUGCUUCGGCGAGGUGCGCAUCGAGAAUGCCUCGAAUGCGGCUGCCGCCCAAGCAGCCGAACGCUACAUCAACGACGUGAAUGUGCGUACACCCCAGAUGCAGAAGGAUGGCAGCGAUGACCUCCUGGAGGCCCCCGAGGGCGAGGAGGUGGACAUUGAGGCACUGGGCAGUGCACUGGACGAGAAAGAUAUUGAGCUGGUGCAAAUGCAGGCUGGCUGCACGCGCUCCACGGCUAUCAAGGCGCUGAUCAAGCACAAGAGCGAUGUGGUCAACGCCAUCAUGGAGCUGACUGUGGGCGUGGACAUCUAAGCACCGUCUGCAGCGCGUUUUCUUUUUAAUUCUAAAGUGUCGCAGUUGAAGUUGUCAAUUAAAGAGGUAUUCAAAUUUGAAAUCAGAUACAAAUUGAUUACAAAUG